GCCAAGAAACGAAAAGCGGCACGAGAAGAAAAGCGAUUCUUAAGAGAAUAAAGCAAGACGGAAAAGGAGAAGGAACAAGGAAGUGAGCGUUGCGUCGGCCCGUUCCGCCGUCCAUCUGUGAAAAGGUAACUGGUGGUCCGUUAGGGCUGCCGCCAACACGUAGAAGGAAAAGUCGGUGAGAAAUUUGCGUUCUUUUCGAGUAAUUUCCCGCGAUAUCCCGGCGACAUUUUCGGCUAAAUGUUACGAAAAUUUCCUUGUAAUUUUGUAAUUUACUAUAUCCCGAACUAUUAUUAGUUUUUUAAUUUCCUCUUUCAGAGAUCAGGAUUCUGAGUUCUGGCUUGCGAUGGAAAUAGGAUCCAUAGUAGUGAAAAAAGUCGCCGGGAAGUCAACUGUCAUCCGGUGUUUCUCCAAGUACCCUCUCAGAUUUAUUGUACCCAAUAAGGUGGGAAAUCGUAAUGCUGAUUGUGUAUGGAUUUACUCCGUCAGUUACGGGGGAGGAAUUGUCUCUGGCGACUCUAUAAGAUGUAAUUUCACUAUUGAAGAUGGAUGCACUGCAGUCUUGACAACACAGGCUUCAACUAAGGUAUACAAAUCUGUGGGAUCAAAAGGUUCGGAGCAACUUUUGGAGGCAAGUGUUGGACAUGAAGCACUGUUGGCUGUAAUUCCAGAUCCGGUGACUUGUUUUGCCACUGCUAGAUAUACUCAAAAGCAAGUGUUCAGGGUGUCAUCAGACUCAAAUUUGGUGUUGGUUGAUUGGUUUACAAGUGGACGCUAUGAAAGUGGAGAAAGAUGGGAAUUUGGCUUAUAUAAGAGUACCAACAAUAUCUUCUAUGAAGAUGGCCAGCCUUUGUUUCUUGAUACGAUGCUGCUGGAGCAAGGAGCCAUUAGCAGUGUUUCUGCUUGCAUGCAGGAUUACCAAGUUACAGCAAUGAUCAUAGUAUAUGGACCAAAGAUGAAGCAAUUGCAGAACCAGGUUCAAGAAAAUGUGAAAAAUACAAUGUCCAGUUAUUUUCAAGUAAAAGCCAACGUCUCAGGAUUCAGUGCAAGGACAAGUUCUGAGUUGUGCUUAACAAAACCAAAUUUUAUUGCGUCGUGCAGUUUUUUUGGCUCCAAGGGUGCGGGUCUUAUUAUCCGUGUAUGUGCUCUAUCAACAGAACCCGUGUAUCAGUUUUUACGCCUUCAAUUCGCGUGCUUAGAGCCAGUUCUCGGAGUUGUGCCGUAUAGCACAUGAAUGCCGAGGGAGCAUUAACAUAUUGGAGUCGACUAGGAGAUCGCGAGUUAGAUGUUUGCAUCCAUGUUUAGUUCAACUGCUUUCAAGAUUUUUAUUUUUAUUUUUUGGUUGCCUUCCUUGCAUCCUGAGAACACCUUUUCGGUUUUUGAAAAUGCAAAGAAGCCCAAUAAUACAAUCCUGAUAUUUUUUUUUUUUUGAGUUGAUGCUGAUAAUUUAAUUUAAUUGAUGCUAAAUGUGAAUACGAUUUUUAUAUAAUACUCCUAUUUCUUAUUUUUAAUUAAGUAUGAAUAAUACCUAUUAAGAGGGUAUUUUCUCUAGCAUUUAAAAUUAUUUGAUAUCACAUGUCGUUUAGGCAAAAAAAAGAAAAAAAAAAAAAAAAGUCCGCUUCUCCCUCUACCACCCCACUGUCAACCACCAUUGAGCAUUCCCAUCGAAACCCCCACCAUGAUCACCACCCUCACUUCUUUUUAGGCACCCUU